UAUUGUCUUUGGUGUUGAGCCGCAGAGUAGAGGCCAAAAGUGUUUGGAAACAGGGAAAUUGCAUUUUUUCCGUCGCGGUUCUGCAGUUCCUUUGACAAGCUCCCCCCUUUUGGCUGGUGCAUUUUGCAAUUUAAAUAAUUUUUGCCUUUUGCUGGCAUGUGGGGCGGCCAAGACGUUAUUACUGUCGGCAUCGUGAGCCACUCGAGCGACGCACCCACGCAGAAAAAGAUCCCAGGACGAAGGAUGAAGGACGAAGUAACCGCCCAUGAAAGACAGCUUCGUUUCUUGUUCGGGCCAAAAACGAUGACGUGGUCGUGGCGCAUAUCCUUUUUGCAGGCAAUUGUGUUAGCCUAGCUGGUUUCCAAUUUCAGUUUGCCUUUGGCCAACGGCAGUGGCGGUACCUACCUAAAAUCUUUGAGCGGAAAAUUCGAGAAAAUCACAUAGUGCGCGCGAGUGCCAGAAAAUAUUUGAAAAAUCUGCAACCAAAAGGGAAAUAAAUCAAAGAAAGAAAAUAACAGUGCGAGUGAUGUCGGGAUUUUUAUUGCUUCUGUCUCUGGCGGCCUUCUUUUCGAAUGGCGCAGCCAUCAAGUGCUUUGUCUGCGAUUCGAGCGAUAAUCCCAGUUGCGCCGAUCUGGGCUCCAAUUCCAGCAUUGUGCCCGAGGAAUGCACAUUGGACAAAAUGAAAUCGCUGGACACCUGGCUUUUCGACCUUAAUAAAUUCUCCUAUUUCGAUAACGGCGCCAACAAAAAUCCGCUUAUGAAUUGCCAAAAAGUUGUGGCCAAAGACCCUGACACUCGGAAAGUGGUGACCGCUCGUUUCUGCCAACUUGACACCGGGGACUCCGACGCCUGCCAGAUCCUGAGGACCAAGCUGCGCAUCCCGACCGCCGAGGAGCGGGAGCAGCGCAAUCGCAACCAGAACAAGCGGCGGAAGAAGGGCCAGGAUGCGGAUGACGAGGAGGAGCCCUCGGCGGAGGAUGCCUUCUUCUGCGACAUUUGCAAGACGGAUCGCUGCAAUGGAGCGGCAGCCAUAACGCUAUCGAUGGGUUCGGUUUUGGCCCUGAUUUUGAUCCAACUGGGCCACUAAAGGAAAGGAACAACACACAAGGGAUAUAUUAGUAUACCGAUGGAAUGAGUUGGUCGCAUUUAGGUUGAGUUACCGUUAGCGUUACCCUUGCCGUUUACUUUGUAAAUAUUUGAGUGCAACGUCGCUGGUUCGUAUAAGUGUUUCAAAGGCACUCACUUAAACCCCCCUACCCCUUAAACUUUCCCCUUAACCCUAGAAAUGUAAGCACCCAAAACACCGAUACAAUACACACAGAGAGGGAAAACUCACACACAAAGUCGCUUUGAUUCAAAAUAAACAUGAAUCUUUCAAUUUCAAAAAUAAAUACCAAAAAAAAAAAAUAGUAGGAAUACCCAAGGUACUACAUCCUAUAUAGAAAUAUCAAUGUUUGGGAUUCUAUGUCAUUAGCUCUUACUAUCUAGCUUAAUUAUGUUACUAUUCUGAUUUGUUAUUUGUAACUGCUAGGAGCGAUGAGUAUAAGAAUUCACCGAUUGCCUUUAAUUUUCAUAAUUUUUAGAAAGCAAUAUAUAUGUGAAUUAGUAUUCUUAGGUAAAUUCAAAAGUGCAUUCGUGUUACAGAAUUACAGAAAAAACUUACAAAACUUACAUAUUGAACGGAAAACAUAAAUUUGUCAUAAAAGCCGCAAGCAAAAACAAUCAACUAAAUGCAAAACGCGAAUUUAAUAAUAAAGUAAAACAAAUGCAAUAAAUGUUAAAUGUGCAAUUAGACGAAAUGUUAAUGAAAAGCAAUGCAAUAAUUAAUCUGUGAGCUUACAAUCGCCUAAAAGCCGCACACUACAUAUAUAGUACUAUAUGAUUUUGCGCCGAGUCGAGCAAUAAGUUCUGCUUAGUUCAUAAGCGAGUUUUGAAAUGGAAACAAAAAAUUUAACAUUCAGAGCACACCAAUAAAUGCUGUAUAACAGUA